AUGUCAGCACUGACACCCAAGAACGCGCAGUACGGCUGGCUUGCUGCUGGGCUCGGUCUGUGCACUGUAGAGUACUUUCUGGCUCUCAACGCCGGGCUCGACCCUCUAAGGACCGUGAUCCCCUUCACUGCCUUCCUCUUCGUUGUCGACCGGCUCCUUACCAGCGGGGCAGCGUUUGAAUCCGCCUACCGCUUCCUCUUCCCCAAGUACAAGGAGAAGGUCAUCAAGCACGAGGCCGGACACUUCCUGCUGGCCUACCUCCUCGGGUGCCCGAUCCAAGGCUUCUUUCUUUCAGCGUGGGAUGCAACCCGAGCUGGGAUCAGAGGUCAAGCCGGGACUGUCUUCUUCGACAACGACCUGUCCACUCAGCUGAAUGCCAACAGAGUGACGCGAACGGCCAUCGACAGAUACACGAUCGUGCUCAUGGGGGGGAUAGCUGCGGAGGCGAUGAAUUACGAGCAGGCAGAGGGAGGGGCGAGCGAUGAAUCGGCUCUAGUGAGCUUUCUUGUUGGAUUGCUGCCCCCAUGGCAACCUCAACAAGUCCUCAACCAAGCGCGCUGGGCGGUCACUGAAGCCAUCCUCCUCCUCCGCGAGCACCGAGCUGCGUACGACUCGCUGUGCGAUGCCAUGGCGCGAGGAGAAUCCCUCGGAACGUGCAUCAGCGUCCUCGAGAACGCCUUGAUGGAGUUCGAGGAGCUGCCUUCGGAGAAGAGGGCAAGAGAGCGCGCGAGCCUCUACGAGCGCGCAGACUCCAACGAAGUGAGGGAGGCGUCCAUCAAGGAUAUGGACGGGCGCAUCGCAGAAAAGGAGCAGAGGCUUCUGCAGCUGCAGAAGGAGGAGGACGAGAUCCGUCUGAAGAUCCGAGAGCUGGGCAGGGAAGGGAGUACGACCGAGACGAAAGGGUCCAUGUGGGACAAGUCUGAGACUGAACGAUUCAUGUCAACGUUGCUCAAGGCUCACCGCAAGCAGAUGGCAAUGAGCUCAAGUAAAUCGGUUGACUCGCUGCUUGCCGAAGCAGAAAGGAACAGAAGACUGGCAGAGAUCGACUUGGCGAUCAAGAAGCUUGACGUCGAGUUGGAGGAGGU